UUUUUCCACGACCCAGACACGGUCACUCCUCUUAGUUUUCAAUUGUUUUUUUCCCGUUUCGUUCGCGCACUUGUCCUGUACAUCAGGUUUUGUUCGGUGCAGCUGCAUUCUUUCUCGCUCCCACCCCUGCCCCUGAAAACCUGCACCUGCGUUCUUAAGGAGCGAACGAGAGGCAGAGAUCCAGUGCGGCACUUGCCACGCUUGACUUGCAGCAGGUCUGCAGGCAAGGCGGAAAUGCCACAAGGAGCCAACGCUACUGCCGCCGAUAGCCACAAGUUCCAGUCCCGAUAAGGCGACGAUAGACUGGAAUACGCAGCUAGCUGGAAAGCAGAUAGCGAGGGGAGAGCAGAAUUAUUUGUUAUUCUAAUUUUGAAUGAAAUGACGAUGUGAUGGGCUCGUGCUCGUGUACGCGGCGGCACUUUUUGCUGUCAAUAUGCUUCCUGCAAGUGAUAACAAUAAUCGAGCGCCAGGUAUUCGACUUCCUCGGGUACAUGUGGGCGCCCAUCUUGGUGAACUUUUUCCACAUAUUGUUCAUCAUAUUCGGGUUCUACGGCGCCUACCAUUUUCGCGUUAAAUACAUCAUAACCUAUCUAAUAUGGAACUUCCUGUGGAUCGGCUGGAACGCGUUCCUCAUUUGCUUCUACUUGAAUGUGGGACAGUUGGACAAGAACAGCGACCUGCUCAAUCUGGGCACCGGGAGCGUCUCCUGGUUUGAGGCGAACGGAUACGGCUGUAAGCCCACCUUUAACAUGACCGCAGAGGAUCCGUUCCGGCCCCAGCGGCCAGAGAAUGUUGAGGGUUGCCUGCUGGACUACCCCCUGGUAGAGAUCAUACACUCGGGGGUGCAAUGCGCCCUGGCGAUGCUCGGCAUACUCGGUGCGAUUCUGAUCAGUUGCAUAUUUCUUGAUGAGGACGACAGAUUCGAUUUCAUGAACGGCGACGCGAAGAGUCCACAGCACACCGUGGUGCACCCAAUGUACGUGAGCUAUACAAGUAUACCCACAACAUCCGCAAGCGCCACCAUGCAAUCAAACAAGCAUCUGCAACUGCAGCAGCAGCAGCCGCAGCAGAACUCACUGAAACUCUAUUAUCAUCAGCAACAACAGCAACCCAAACUACACCACUUCAACAAGAACUACCAGCUGAGCGGCAGCAACAAUAAUACACUCAACAAUAAUGUACACCCGCGCGCGUCCUCGCUGCUGCCGCCAGACACGACAAAUAACCACAGCGCAUCAUUCCAAUUUCAUAGUCACCCUUCGAGCAACCAUCUAACCCAGCGCACAGGCGGUGAGGGGAGCAACUGCAGCAGUCUACGUCGCCACCGGCACCACCAUUCCAAGGCACCCAUCAGUCCCAGUCCCAUGUCCGCCCAGACCACACCCUCGCUGUCGUACGCUUCGCUGCAGAACUCCAAUCCCUACCUGGCCGGCAAUUCGCUGAGCAACAGCAACUACAGCAUCUUCCAGAGCCCCGAAUCGCUCCAGGGCACGACUCACUUCGCCCGCAUCCACCACAAGCCCAAGCCGCCCAAGUCUGGCGUCCCUGUUUUGGGAGAAGUAGACUCCCAUCCGACUCCCGGCCUGGGAAUGGCCUCGCCCGUCCGUCCGCUCGAGCGCCUGUCACGCAAUCUCGAGGAGGACGAGGACAACUUUUCGCUGCAGCAGUUCGCUCCAGGCGAGCACGGCGUGACCUACGUCCCCUUCCAGAGCCCCACUCCGAACAGCCUAUUCCUGGGCGAGAACAACAACGCCCAGCCCCAUCUCGUCUUCCGCUCCAACUCUCGCCCCAGUCCCAACAACAACGCCUUUCCCUAUGACCAGAACGGCCUGCCCUCCCCGAUUCGGCUUGGACCCAACUCAAAUUCGCGACGGCCCACGCACAUUCCCCUGCCCACGGUGCCCCUGCACAGCUGCCUGGAAAUGCAGGACGACGAGGAUGCGGACGGCGAUGCGGAGCUAAAUCAAGACCAGAUGCUAACGCCCCCGCCUCCACCGGUGGCACGGCCGCACAUCCAUCAGCGUUUGGGCCAGGCGCCCUAUCUCGAUCUCUCGCCGGAGGUGGCGGAGCGCUACGCCAUGCCCAGCAAGCUAGGAUCCGUCCCGUCGGCUGUCCAGAUGCCCCUUCCCGUCCCACAUGGCUCCCCCAUGGUGCGUCGCAGUAACCGUCGGCCAAGGCCCCCGAUUCCCGUGAACUUUUGCGAUCAAAUCCGCGCUCCUCCGCCGGGAUACGUGGUGCGGGCACAGAGCGACGAUCGCCUGGUAGAACAGGCGGAAGUUGAGGCCGCACCCCACGUGAAUCGCCGGAGUGGUCGCACUGCCAACGGACAGAAGUCACGUCCCCGCUCCUUUUGUAACUCGAUCGUGGGCGUGCAGGCCUAAAGAACUAAAGAACUCCCAUGACUUAAGUACGUCCCGCUGCACUUGCUCCUCGUCUCUCUCUUGCUCAAGCUCUCUGCCUAGGCAGGAUGCCUGUUACUAACUGUAUCAGGAUCACUCGGUCCCGACACACCCUUCAUACAUACAUACACAUAGAUGUUGCUGUUUCUUUGUUGUGCCUAACCAGCCUGCUAACGUGGCCAGGAAUAGGGCCUAACCCUAGCUUCCCGAGCGUGCGUUUAACGAUUCGGAUAAUGCCUGAUGCUGACUUGAAUUAUGUAAAACUUAGUAACCAUUCAAACACGUGCAAACAGUUUUAAGAGACUUUUCCCGAAUUGUGAUAGAAGGCGUGAAAAGUCGCAGCAGAAUGAAAGUCUAACAAUUUUAUGUUGAUCUGUGAUAACUGAAAACAAACAUGAGCGAAAAACGAUUAUUUAAAAACGAAAAUGUCACAAAAUCAUUAUCAAGCGAAUGAUAUGAAAAUUUGUUGAGAACGCAAGCGAGAUAAAUGAAAUUUAGCGCCAAUUGCAACGAAAUGCCUUCGGUGAAUGACGGAAUAGAGAUUAGAGUAUACAACACAUAUAUAAUAUAUACCGAUGUUAUGUGCGGGAGAGCGCAGCCUCCCCAAGAGCUGCCUUUUGUUGUUUACUAAUAUACGAUCUAUACAUACAUACAUAUUUACGAUAAAUGGCGAAAUGCCAUUGCACUACGAUGCAAACGUUAGUUGUCGGACACAAACAAAAGUUGCCUAUUGAGUUAAGUGCGAGAUUCGUUAUACAAACGUAAAGAAACAAAUUUAUAGAACUGUUAAGUCUAGUAUUAAGCUUUAAGCCACACAUGCAUUAGCAGAGCAGAUCCAAAUCCAAAUCGAAAUCCAUGUAGCGUAGGCACUAUUAACUGUUUAGAUAGAUCCACGGUCUUGAUCUUUAGCCAUGCGAAUUUCGCUGAUUGGUGCCAAUUCCCGACGAGAUUCGAAGCGUUUCCAAUAAAAUGUUCAUUUACACCAAA